AUGAAAUUAGUUGAAACAUUACAAAAAGCUGUUUUAGGACGACCUAUAACAAAUGAAUAUAUUGAUAAUGUAUGUGCACGACUUGAUCUAACAAGAUUACAUGAAUCAAUGUUUAUUGCACCAGAUUCUGCUCGAUUAGGAAUGGAUGAUCCAUUAACAGAAAAAAUAGAUUAUGGUAAAAUAAAACGAGAUAUUGUACAUAUAUCAACUAGCUCACGCGAAAAAACUCUUUUAUUUCAAGCACUUCGUUGGAAAUUAACAAAAGCUAAAACAGAUUUUAAAUGUGAAAAAAUACUUGAAUGUUUUAUUGGUUGUCGUUCUGAUAUUGAACAACGAACAAAAAUAAUUAAACAAUUAUCAUCAAAAACAACAGAUAAUAAUACAUAUUAUGUUAAUGAAGAACGGGUUCGUUUAAUUAAUACAAUUGUUUCAUUAAGAAAAGAUCGAAAUUAUUUGACAUCAAAUGAAUCAUUAAUUAUUUGUAUGCAAAAAGCAUCUAUGUCAGAAUCAUCAGAUAUACAUAUUAAACAACAUUUAUUAGCAACAUUACAAAAACUUUGCGAUCCGUACAAUCUUUACUCAUUAAUCAAAAUACAAUUAAAUGGUUAA